AUGGAAGCAAUCAUCGACAGUAACGGCGGUUUCAGUGAAUCAACCACCGCGGCGGAACCAGAUUUUCCGGUAAGCCACCAGUUCCAACCACCGCGUGGUGUCGCCGGAAGCACAACAAACAGCUUCAACGACGACCUUAAGCUACCAACAAUGGAGGAAUUCUCUGUUUUCCCUUCUGUCGUCUCUUUCCCAAACUCAGAAACUCAGAGCAACAACAACCAUUUGAUCCAACAGAUGAUCCAAGACUCAAACUGGGCUGUGUCUGCAGACAACUCCGGUUUCUUCAUGAACACUUCAGACCCACAAAACACAACAACAAGUCCAAUCCCUGAUCUUCUCAGCCUCUUGCAUCUCCCUAGAUGCUCUGUUUCAUUACCAAGCUCGAACCUCUCCGAUAUAAUGUCCGGUUCUUGCUUCACAUACGACCCUCUCUUCCACUUAAACCUUCCUCCACAACCUCCAUUGAUCCCUCCUAAUGACUACUCAAGCUUCUUGCUUGGAAUCGACCAUACCAACAAUACCACUCAAAGAGAUCAGUCAGAUGUUGGGAAUGAGAACAACAGUGCUCAAUUCGACAGCGGAAUCAUCGAGUUUAGCAAAGAGAUUAGACGUAAAGGAAGAGGGAAACGAAAGAACAAACCUUUUACAACAGAGCGUGAGAGAAGAUGCCACUUGAAUGAGCGGUACGAGGCCUUGAAAUUGCUUAUUCCUAGCCCUAGUAAGGGAGAUAGAGCAUCUAUUCUUCAAGAUGGAAUCGAUUACAUUAACGAGCUGCGCAGAAGAGUAAGCGAGCUUAAGUAUUUGGUUGAGAUGAAAAGAUGUGGAGGGAGAAACAAGAGACACAAGAACAGUGAAGUAGACAAUAACAACAACAACAACUCGGAUGAUCUUAAUAAUAAUGACGAUGAUGGUGAUGAGGAGAACAUGGAGAAGAAGCAAGAGAGCGAUGUGAUAGACCAAUGUUCAAGCAACAACUCUCUGAGAUGUUCAUGGCUUCAGAGGAAAUCAAAAGCAACAGAAGUUGAUGUUAGGAUUGUUGAUGAUGAAGUUACGAUCAAAGUUGUGCAGAAGAAGAAGAUUAACUGUUUGUUGUUUGUCUCCAAAGUGCUUGAUCAGCUUCAGCUUGAACUUCACCAUGUCGCUGGAGGACAGAUUGGUGAGCAUUACAGUUUCUUGCUUAACACCAAGAUAAAUGAAGGAUCAACAAUAUAUGCAAGUGCAAUAGCAAACAAAGUGAUUGAAGUUGUGGAUAAACACUACAUGGCUGCUCUUCCCAUCAAUCACUUUUAA